UGCCCUGGGCGGACUUUAGUACGCCUGCCCUUUUCUCAGCCCAGGCCGACCCAGCCCUGGUCCCUUCCCAUCUAGCCCCACACGUCCUCGGCAGACAAGCAGGAGAGAGAGGGAGCGAGACAGCCGCACAGCCUCCGAGCAGGAGGCAGCAGAGGCGUGAGGACAGCAGGCAGAGAGAGGAGUCGCUGGCCAAAGGUGGCGAGGAGAGUGGUAGCUCCCCAGGAAUGGACGUGGGGCUGCUGGAGAUCCCCGCAGAGCUUGCGGCACUCCUGCACUCUGCCAAAGGUCAGCACCAUGCCCAGGCCAAUCAGAUCAUGGAGGUUUCACCUCCGGAGGUCAAGGCCAAGUGUGAUCUCUCCCUCCCACCCAAUAUCAAUAGCUCUCCCUUCUCCAUCUUCAUGAGGUCUCACUUCCAGGAGCCCAACUUCCCUGCCCUUGGACAGCCCCUGCAGCAGCCCUUAACCCGCCUGGAGGGCGAGGACACGCAGCGCGCUCUGGAGAUCAACAAACUGAUCCUGCGGUUCAUCGGGGACAGGAACCUCCAGAGCUGGCAGGAAGUGCUCCUGGGUAACUACAUCGCCAGCCGAGGGCUGGGCAACCCGGCCCUGCGCAACGAGCUUCUGAGUCAGGUGGUCAGCCAGGUGUGGAAGAACCCAGACACAGAGCAGAGCCAGCGAGGCUAUGCUCUGAUGGCUGCCCUCCUGAGUGCAUUUACCCCUUCGCCAGCACUGGAGAAACCCUUGCUGAAGUUCGUGUCAGACCACGGGCUGGAAGGCUACAAUGCUGUUUGCCAGCGCAAGAUCCUCACGGCAAUGCAGCAGACAGACACGGACCCCGAGGUCUCCCGUGCCCAUCCUCCCACCCUGUUGGAGUGGACCGCUAACCAGAGGAGAGGGAAGAUGGUGCUGGACGUCUUCACCUAUAAUGAGGAGAUGUUCUCUGCUGAAGUAGAGUCCUGGACAACAGGGGAACAGUACGCAGGCUGGAUCCUGAGUUCAAGGGGUUUGGAUAAGGACCCUCGAGGGUGGUCCGUCUCCAUGCUCACAGGUGAGGUGUGGCGGGACCUGCCCGGCUGUGACUUCAUGCUGGAUCUCAUUGGAGAGAUGGAGGAGGCCGGCCACCCUGCCCUGUCCUCAGCUGACUAUCCCAUCACACCCGAGUGGGAAGGGAGCCCGUCCCGGAACGCCUCUCUGGACAUGAUGGACUGGGACAUCCCUCCUGCACCAGGCAUUCAGGCUCCAUCUCUCCCUCCUUCCUUUCCGCCGCCAUCCUUGAACGCUGAGAGCACCUACUCAGGGCUGGGAGUCCAAGGUGUCCCGAGGACCCCCACAGGCCUAGAGCACUAUGUGGAUGACCUCUUUGACCCAGUGCUCCAUCAAGGGUCCAGAGUGCCAGAUAUGGAGAAUGGAGGGAGCCUGACUGGACGCAUGAAAGGAGGUGGAAAAAUUGGACCCACCCAGCAAGGAGUCUUUCCUUCUGCAGGCUACCCUGGAAUGAUGCAAGUACCAGCUUACCAACCCAUGCCAAUGAUGGGUGGAAUGAUGCCAGCACCCAUGCCAAUGAUGCCAGCACCCAUGCCAGCCAUGAUUGCGCCCCAGCCGAUGGUCCCAGCUGUGAAUCCCAAUCAGCUCGCAGAACAACAGCAAGCCUUUAUCAACCAGCAGGCCCUGCUCAUGGCUCAGCAGAUGACCCUUCAGGCCAUGACAAUUUCCCAGCAGCAGCAGCAGCAGCAGCAGCAGCGACGGAGGUCUCCUGAGCCCUCAAGGCCAAGACGAGCCUUGACUCCACCACCACCACCACCAGCCCCAGCCCCAGCUCCAGCUUCGGCCCCAGCUCCGGCUCCUAAACCAAAGAGAACCAAUAACGGCAAGAAUGCUGCACCAGCAGCUAAGACACCAGAGCCCCCAGCUGAUGCAGCAGAACCGAUCCAUGACUACCCGGAAGAACAGCUGACAGACAGUGAUGAGGACUCGGUCUUUCGAGACACCUUCCAGCAGAAGCGGGAGUACUUCCAGAAAAUGGGACAGCAAAAAAUCCAGUUGAAGAAAGUCAGGCCCCCUUCCAAGAGCUGGACCCCUCCAAGAAAUCCACAGCAGGAGGAAGAGAGGUCCAGCCCAGAACCAGAGACCGCUCCAGCACCUCCCUCGCCACCUCCCGCACCAAAGCAGAAAGUGCAAGAGAAGAAAGCAAAGAAGAAGCCGUGCCCUGUGGUGGCUGCAGACCUGGCACCAAAGAGAGAGCCCAGCCGGGAGAUCCGCAACAUCAUUAAGAUGUACCAGAGCCGGCCAGCCCCGGAGCCACAGCCCAUCGUGCCCGUCAGGAGGCCGUCCAAGACCUUCCUGAAGAAGAGUGACCCCAAGAAUGAAGCUCUGGCCAAGCUGGGGAUGGUGAGCCCUCAGCCCCCAAAAUCGCCCUCCUCUCCGAACAAGAGCCCCAGAGGGGCUCCGCCCCCUCCGCCCACCAAGAAGGGCCAGACUGCCACAUCCAUCAGGGAAAUGCAGCAGCCUCUCAUGAACCUCUUCGGCCAGCAGCCAACCUCUCCUGUUGCUUCCCUCAUCCCUCCGCCUCCCCCACUCCUGCCCCCACCCCUUCCGCCUGCUGACCAAGCCACGCAGCAAUCUGAGCCGAAAGGCUCUGCUUGGACAAUGGCGGAAGAAGAUGCCGGCAUCAAGACGCAGCUCUACAAGCUCACUGCCAGCGUCAGCUUCUCAUAUGCCACCACACCCUGGAAAAUCUUCCUCCGCAAAGAGGUGUUUUACCCCAAAGAAAACUUCAGUCACCCGUAUUGCUUGAACCUGCUGUGUGACCAGAUCAUGCAAGACACUUACUCGGAGUCCUGCAUCCGGAUCUCCAAGGAGGAGAGGCGCAAGAUGAAAGACUUAUUGGCAGAGUUCCAGGUUGGCACGGAUGCCACCUCCAUUGAGGACGGGAUAAAGAAGAGGAUUGUGGUGGCUGCUCGGGAUAACUGGGCCAACUAUUUCUCCCGGCUCUUCCCAGUUAAGGGGGAAAGAGGAAGUGACGUCCAGCUCCUUGGGGUUUCUCACCGGGGAUUCCGGCUGCUGAAGAUGGCAAAAGCAGCCAGCUUCAGCCCUGAAUACCUGAAAAUCCUUUGCAGCUACAGUUUUGCAGAGGUGCUGUCGGUGGAGCUGAAGGGCAGCGGCAGCUUGGAGUUCUCCCUGAAGAACGAACAGCUGAUCCUGCACUCGGCGAAGGCUCGGCAGGUCAAGGCCAUGGUGGAGCUUUUCCUCCAGGAGCUGAAGCAGGACUCCAGCUACGUCAUUGCUCUGCGCAGCUACGUCACGGAUGACAAGAGCCUCUUGAGCUUCAAAAAGGGCGACCUCAUCCAGUUACUGCCCAUGCAGGGGCUGGAGCCAGGCUGGAAGUUUGGCUCCGUUGGCGGCCGCUCCGGCCUCUUCCCCUCCAGCAUGGUGCAGCUGGCAGCAGCCCCCGAUUACCUCAGCACCCACCUGGACAGACAGGAGAGGCUCCAGAAGAGCCUGAAAAGAGACCGGCUGGAGACAAGUGUUAGCAAGGAGAGCUCUGUCCCCAGCCUGGCAUCGGAAAUCACCAGCUCUGCCUUCUCCCCAGACGCCCAUCACUACACCAUGGUGGAGUUUGCCAUGGCGCACUUCAGGGAGGCCCAGUCCACGCUGGGGAUGAGCGCGGAGAGGAGGAGCCCAGCUGCCCUGGUUGAGCACACCAAGGUCCCGAUCCAGGAGUCCCUGCUUCAGUACUCUGACAGCGAGAUGAAUGAGCUGGCGACAAAGAGCUUCAUGACUUUGAUGAGGUUCAUGGGAGACCAGCCCACCCUCAAGAACCAGGCUGAGAUCGAUUACAUCUAUGAGAUUCUUCAGCUCUGCAAGGAGAAGGAGAACCUGCGCGAUGAGGUUUACUGCCAGGUCAUCAAGCAGAUCACGCAUAAUCCCAAGCUGGAAAGCUGUAUCCAUGGCUGGCGGCUCCUGAGCCUGCUCACUGGCUUCUUCCUUCCCUCCAACACCUUGAUGCCAUACGCCACCAAAUUUCUGCAGCAAGCCAGCGCCGAUCCAGCCAGCACCCACCAAGAUCUAGCCAGGACCUGCUAUGGCAACCUGCGGAAGAUGAUCAUGUACGGCGGCCGCCGGCACCUGCCCUUCCGCGUGGAGAUGGAAGCACUCCUGAAGGGGCGUGGCUCCCGCCGGAUAGUGAUCGUCCUGCCCGGGGCCCUGGAAUACACCACCAAAAUCAGGACAUUCACUGUGGCUGCGGAAGUGGUGCGGGAGAUCUGUGAGCAGAUGGGGAUCAACGAGCAGGAGGAGAUCCAGGAGUUCGCUCUCUUCGCCAGCAAGAACGGCGGGAAGAUGGUGAGGCCGGUGCGCCAGAACGAAUACAUCCAUGACUACCUGCUGGAGGACAGCUCAGUGAUCCUGGAUUUACGCCGGCUCUCCUGGAAGACACCCCUGCACUUCGAGAAUGAGAUUUAUAUCAACAUUCACUACAGCCAGGUGCAGCGGGAUUACCUGAAAGGGAUGCUGUUGCUGAACUACAACAGUGAACUGGAGAAGCAGGUGGGCACCAUGGCCCUUUUCCAGCACUGGGCCAGAGGACUGGGCUCCCCACCAUCCAAUCAGGAGUUGAUGGACUAUACCCCAAAGCCCGUGCUCCAGCUCAUCAACCCCCAGGCUCUGCAAAGCCAAGUCAACCGGCUGCUGGAAACCAUGAAGCCACUCGGCCAGCAGAAGGCAAAAAUCCAGUUUGUAGAGCAUGUGAUCCAGCUGCCUCUCUUCGGCUACAACGUGUACCCCGUGGAGCGGUGCAGCGAGCCCAGGAUUCCUCUACCCUGCAUCCUGGGAGCGAAUAGGGACCAGAUCGUCGUUGUGGCCAGCAGGUCCCAGGAGCUCUGCUGCUGCAUCCCGCUGAAGGAGGUGCAGAGGAUGCGAACCCUGCGGCCUUUGGACGACUCCGGGGUGCCGGGUCUGGAAGUGAACUAUGGCUCUGUGGAAAAUCCUCAGACCAUGUGGUUUGAACUGCAACAGGCCAAGGAACUGUACCACACGAUCACAGUCAUCCUGGAGGAGGGAGAAUCUCAGCCCUAACGACCCAGGCUGGAAGACGGCUAAGCAGAACAGGGCUAUCCUCAGCUUGGACAGCUUAUCAAGCACUUCUCACACUGGCCUGUGCCCCAUUCACCAUCCUGCUCUCGAGCUGCCUUGUUCUACCAGCACACUCCCCUCUCCUGCUUUCCAAGGCUGCCACUCCCUUGCCAGCCUGGCGUCCAAGCUGUUUGGUCACCUUACUUCUGCACCACCACGUGCCAGAACCUGGACCUGGGUCGUAGCGCUGCUCCUCAUCCCUUCCUGCCCCAGGCUUGGUUCGUACGUCACUCCCAUUCAGCGUCCUUUGGAGCUGCAUGGUCUCCCCAGGCAGAGCGGAGCACGCAGUGGCCCAAGGCCCUGGUCUUUCACAAGCUGCUACAAGCAAGUGGGGAGGAGCAGCCCAGGGACUUCCAGGUACAGGACUGCAGUCCUUUUUUGCACUAACAACAAACUCACACAUGGCAGCAGCAGGGGAGUCUGGUACUUGCCAGAGACUUUGCAUCACCCAGAAAAAGAUACGACUCCAUCCACUGGCAUUAAAUUCCUGAGAGCGGCCUCUUAUCUUACUGGUGGCAGCUCUUGGACAUUAUCACAGAGCAGGUCAGUGAGUGUCAAUAUGCAAUUACCACGUCUGCCAAGGCAGAGUUUGAGCUGCAAUGGUAAGACUGUUGACGGCUACUCUGAUUUCUUACUGGCUGUCUGCAUAGUGUAUGUUGAUUUUUCUUUCUAAUCUGAAGAACUCAGUCUGACCAUACAGCUGUAUAUUUAAAUGAUGCCUACUUGCCCAGCGAACUAAGAUACAAAUUGCCUUCCCCAACAGAGGGGAAAAAAUCAGAAUGUAAAAAAUAAAUCCUUAAUUUAUUUUAUUACAUUACUAUAGAUCUCCAGCUGGGGGAGAGGUGUUUAUGCUUCUGUGGAAAAAAAAAAAUCAAUGAAAUAUUUAAUAACCAAUAAAUUAUU